CAUGGAUUUGAGUGACGAAUCAAUUGAUAUCCCUGCUCACAAGAUUUCCCUUUCGCGCCAAAAUUUCCCAACAUUUUCUUCGAAUUCCAUAAAUUAUUGCGAUAUCGCUGAUGAUGCAGAAUCAUCCAUCCCUAACCCAUCCGUUAAGUUAGAAUUCAUCAAGGGCCCAUGUAGCCAAAUGUCUCAAUUAUUCUCACCCGAGGUUAGGAAGAAUUUGAACAGAGGAUGGACCGCUAUGGACGAUAAUUCUUUUCCCCUGUCCGACAUAUCCUGCAGAGAACCCCAGUCAAUGUCUCUCAUAAACAACAAGGAUAAACCACCAUACUCACCCACCUUCAGGCUUCCUAGUAUCAAGGUCGAAAAAAUUGAAUGUAGCAACGGGUUUACUAUUAAUGUCGCCGUCCAGGGGCAAAGGAGUAAACCGGCUAUAUUAACUUACCACGAUAUUGGAUUGAAUCACGUUUCUCAAUUCCAGAAUUUUUUCGCCUACGAUGAUAUGUCCAUCAUUUCUAAACAUUUUUGCGUUUAUCACAUUGACGCACCUGGUCAAGAGGAACAAGCGCCCACUUUGAACGGAUCUUUCGACGAAUUGGAAUCGACACCUCAUCAAUCCGCUUCCAACACAAUCAAUUCGAACGAUUCCACCAUACUAUAUUCCAAUAAAAACGAGGACAAAAUCUCGUUUACUGAUAACUCCAAAGUUUUCAACGACAGAAAAAGUCUAAAUAAUAAAUCUACGGAAAAUAGCGGAAAUUGGAGCUCUAUUUUCAACGGAUUAUGGAGUGCCAUUAGUCCUAACCUUGCGUAUCCUACCAUGGACGAAUUGGCCGAGAUGAUUUUGGAUAUCAUGAAGUAUUUCGGUUUGAAAAGUUUUAUCGGAUUUGGAGUGGGAGCCGGUGCUAACAUACUGAGUCGUUUCACGCUUAAACACGGGGACAAAGUGGAAGCCUUGUUCCUGGUGGAAGCCAAUGGUAACGCCGCUGGAUGGACUGAAUGGAGUUAUCAAAAGCUUAACUCAUUUUACCUGAGGAAGAAUUCUCUUACCAAUUUCACUCACGAAUAUUUGAUUUGGCAUCAUUUUGGGAAGGUAACUCCCGAUAAAAAUUCCGAUCUGAUAAACGCCUUCAAGGAUUACUUUCUUCAUCACAUAAAUAACCUAAAUUUAGCAUCCUUUAUAGAAUCAUAUAUUAGGAGAACCGAUUUGGGUAUAUGCAGAAAUUUGAAUUACGGCCUCGAUUCCUCUACUAUUAGUCAAAAUGGCAAUACUAACACUAAUGUUAAAAAGGCUAACAAAAAUUUUAGUUGCCCCGUGAUGAUUAUAGCCGGUAGCGAAUCCCCACAUAUCGAGGAAAGCGAAGCUUUGUAUGCCAAUCUUGAACCUAACGAUUCUUCUUGGCUUAAGGUAUCUAAUUGUGGAGGAAUGGUUUUGGAAGAAAGACCCGAUAAGGUGUCCGAAGCAUUUCGCUUGUUUAUUCAAGGAUUAGGAUAUAUACCAUAUCUUAGUAGGGCUUCUAUGAGCGAAAACAAACGAGCCGAUUACCAGAAAUAUCGUUCUUUGUCCACUAACGUGUACCCUAAUAGUUCUCUUAAAAAUCUGGCAACGGAUUUUGACCCCUCAACCAACUUGGCUAAACAAAAAUUAUCUCUGCCCAUAAGACCUCCCUUGAAUUUCCACAAAUUUAAUCCUACUCCACCAUCGCCAUAUCUACCCCACGAACACCAUAGAAUGGCCGGAAAUGAAAAUAACAAUGAAUCGAUUUUAAAGAAUAAAGCGACGACGGGUAAAGUUGAUACUAAUGGAAUAAGCCUAAACGGCAAUGGUAACAGUAAAAUACUGAGGGUAGUAGAUGUUCCGUAUACCCCUACCGAUGAAGAAAAUAUCCCUCUCUCUGGCAUACCAUCGUCGUCUAGGAAUGGGAUAGUUGAAAAUGGCCAUGGUAUGUCGCCCGAUGUAAUGGCGUAGAAUUCCUCCUCCCCUAUUAAACCAGGCCCUCUCUUGAAAUGUGUAAUUCUUUAAUUUGAUAAUGAGAUUCAUUAUCAACCAAGAAAUUAUUUAAUUAACGAUUAUCGCAAUUUAUAUAUAAAUUUUUAUUAAAGUCAUUACGAGUAUAAUAUAUAAAGUAAAUAUUUUGAUGUCUUUUUUUACUUGUCUUUUAUUUUUGUACUAACCAUUUAUUUGAUAUCAUAAUAUUAUAUUAACUUUAUUUAUUAUUUUUUUAAAAAUAAUAUAUAAUUUUGCGAACAUUUUUUCUAUCAUCUCCUAUAAUGCAAAAAAAGUUACUAAUUAUAAAUGUAUAAUAAAAUUUAUUUUCCGUGUUCUAUUUAUAAAUAAUUCAAUAUAUCAAUGUAAUAUAUUAAUGUUCCUUAUCAUUUUUAUAUAAAUUUAUUUAUGUCACUAAAACGAUUUAUUUUUGUUGAACACCUUAUGUACAUGCGGAUGGGUGUUUAAAAAUCAUUGCUAUAUAUUUUUUUAAAGUUUUUAAAUUGUGAAAAUUUUUGCUUUUUUAAAUAAAAUUUGUUCAUUUUUUUAAAAAUAGAAUCUAACAUGUAUCAUUCUUAUUAUAAUGCGAAUAUCUUUUUAAUUCAAUAUUUUUGAUAUUUAGGUCAUCACAUGAUGUAUAAUUUUGAAGAAAAA